UCAUAGUAUAACCUAUAGUUGGUAUUGCGUAUGUUGUUUGAUUUGACACUAAUAAUAAUUUUUAUUUUCUUUUAUUUUUACGGACAAAGCAGCCAAAAAUGGAAACUUAGACCGUGAGGCGUGAUCUGAAGAUUUGUUCACAUUCCCGCAAAACCCUUGAAUCCACACUCCUAACAUCUCGAUUCCAGUGAAAAUUUUCUCACCCCCAAUUACAGUUUGAUUGGCGGGUCAAAGAAUAGAAGUGUGGUUUGAAUGAUUUAAUUUAUUUUAUAGUACUUUGUUUUUUCUUUGGAAAGUGAUUGCAUAAUUGCAUCUGCUUGUAUCUGUACUAUGCGGUGUUGAUGGGGCCGUCUGUAUAUGUUUGAGCAAUGCAUCCGUGAUAUUUACCAGCAUUGAUAGUUUGAUACUGGGUCAUUGUCAUUGAUUCUGAACAGAUUGAAAGAGGGGUGGAUUUCGGUUUAGAGAUAAUUUAGGAUGUCGGUCUGAUCUUCUUGAUGAAUUGAGUUUUCUCUGUGCGAGUUAGCUUUGUGGUGUUAAUUUGUUCUUGCUGGGGUUUUCUGUGGGAAAAACAUUGCGGCAUUGAGUGUAAAGAUUCAAGCUUUGAUUGAAAUUCUUGAAUUUUGAGAGGGAUAAUAGUUGGAGGGUGUAGGAGAAGAGGAGGGGAUGUAAGGUGAAGUGGGAGGGAUUGAGCAGACAACAAUGACUACAGGGUCAUUGGGUCUUCGUGCUUCAGGGAGUUAUGGAUCUUUGCAGCAAUUCCAGAAUAUUUCAGUGGCAACCCAAACUACACCACCUAUCCCACCAAGAAAGCCUCCCAAGAUGUUUAAGGAGAAAGAAGGAUUGUUUGUUUGGAUCUGCAAAGUUGCGCCUCGAAAGAAGGUUGGCAUGCUGCUCUUAUCUGCUGUUUCUGCUGCAGUUUUUGUUUGGGUCUUAUAUGUUGGCAAAGGCGAAGAUUCACAGGGACCUGGAAUUCCAAACAUCAAUAUUAAUAAUACUAUCAGAAAUAGAGAAUUUUUUAAAGAACCUGAACAAAAAAAUAGUCUUUCCCCUAAAAGAAAUAGUAUUGGAGGAAUUGCAGCUGCAGGACAGCCUCCACUCCCCCCUGUAUAUUUUACUGGAUACACACUUCCUCCCGGCAACCCUUGUGAAGGCUUCACAUUACCUCCGCCGCCAGCAGAUAAGAAGAGGACUGGACCACGACCAUGUCCGGUGUGCUACCUUCCUGUUGAAGAAGCUAUUGCGUUAAUGCCAAAUGCACCAUCAUUUUCUCCUAUAGUUAAGGAUUUAACUUAUAUACAUGAAGAAAAUUUAGUUAAAAGUGAGUUUGGAGGUUCAGAAUUUGGUGGAUAUCCUUCACUGAGUCAGAGGGAAGAUUCCUAUGAUACAAGAGAGUCAAUGAAUGUCCAUUGUGGAUUUGUCAAAGGGGUCAGACUUGGACAUGAUACAGGUUUUAACAUUGUUGAUUCUGACCUUGAUGAGAUGGAAACUUGUCAAGGUGUGGUGGUUGCAUCAGCAAUAUUUGGAGCUUUUGAUUUAGUUCGACAACCGAUGAACAUAAGUGAAUAUGCCAAGAAAAACGUGUGCUUUUAUAUGUUUGUGGACAAUGAAACAGAAGAAUUUCUAAGAAAUUCCAGUGACUUGGAUAGUAGUAUGAGAUUGGGAUUGUGGAGAAUUGUUGUUGUUCAUAAGCUACCUUACAGUGAUGCAAGGCGCAAUGGGAAGAUUCCAAAGCUUCUACUUCAUAGACUAUUUCCAAAUGCGCGGUAUUCUCUCUGGAUUGAUGGAAAACUUGAACUGGUUGUGGAUCCAUAUCAACUACUUGAAAGGUUCUUGUGGAGAAAAAAUGCCAGCUUUGCUAUAUCAAGGCACUAUAGGCGUUUUGAUGUGUUUGUGGAAGCAGAGGCUAAUAAAGCUGCUGGGAAGUUUGACAACGCCUCCAUUGAUUUCCAGAUUGAAUUUUAUAAAAAAGAGGGCCUUACACCAUUCUCUGCAGCUAAGUUCCCAAUAACAAGUGAUGUUCCAGAGGGAUGCGUUAUUCUUCGUGAGCAUAUUCCAAUUUCCAACCUCUUUACUUGUCUUUGGUUUAAUGAAGUGGACCGUUUUACUCCCCGAGACCAGAUUAGCUUUUCUACUGUAAGGGACAGGAUCAGGUCCAGGACAAAUUGGACCGUCGAGAUGUUCCUAGACUGUGAAAGACGCAACUUUGUGGUCCAGGGGUACCAUAGAGAUAUUCUUGAGCAGGGGGUGCAUCCGCCUCCACUCGGUGAUAGUGCAGUCAUCCACCCCCCACCCGUUGUUUAUGAAUCUAUUAAGGCUUCAAAUCAUAGCAGCCCGGUUAGAAAUAGUUCCGGUAGGCACAGAAGAGACAGGCGAUCCAGGCGCCACCGGAGUUCUUUGCCAGAAGUAGUAAGAAUAUCAGUGUGACCCUUAAGUUGAAAUUUUGUUCAGCCAUUUUCUUAGUUAUCUCCUUCCCUGUCUCAAGAAUAUCAAUGCCGGGCUAGGAGUUGUGCUGAUGAGAUGAGUGUAAGAGGUUGUUUUUUCAGAUAUACAUAUACAGAGAUUUUUUACAGAACCCAGAAUUUAUACAGAGUACAUUUUUUGUAUAUAUAUCUGAUUCUAAUAAUUUUCUCAUGGAUUUGCCAGCAUAUCCUCAGAGCUGGUAACCAUUGUUUUGACCUUAGAAUCAUUAUAUCUUAGCAAUUACACACUAAGAUUGCUUGUAACUAAGAGAAUAUUUAUCAGUUCAUGAAUGGAAUCCAUCACUUUUUCAUUUUCUGA